ACAUCUUGUUCUUUAAAAGAAUGCACGUCGGUCGGGUUCGGUUCUAGCCGUCUGCAGGAGUUGUUCGGUUGUUGUUGUUGUUAAUGUUGAUCGUGUUGUUGUUAUUGUUGUUGUGAUUUGUUUAUGUUGAUGCGAUUGACUUUAUAUCAAUUGUGAUGAAAGUGCGGUAAAAAGGGAUUGCAAACAAAUUUCUUUUUGUUGUUGCGAAAGGAGGAAGAAGAAUGGUUCGGGUUGUUUCGAGGGUAAAACAAUAAUAAUAAUAAUAAUAUAUGAAAACUAGUGGUGUUCGACAUAUGUGAAGUUGUGUACGUAUGAAAUCAAUCAUGGCGGCCAAUAUGGCGACGAGAAAACUGUAAUUCAGCCAAAAUGUUAAACUUUUAUUUAAAAACUGUUAACUUUAGUGACUGUUAAAUCAAAUAAAAAGUGAUUUUUAAAAAAAGUGAAAGAAUAUGCACAUGGAGAGGAUUUUAAUGAAUGAUGUCAAAUGAAAGAAGACGCCGGCAUGGAUUUAUCUCUCUUAGGAUUACGGAUUGUACGGAACCCUUUAGGGUUCUUCUUUAUGACGAUUUUAAUCCUUUUGUCAAUAAUUUGUUCAACAAGCGCAGAAAGCAGAGUCGGAAUAGAUGGAAGUCGUGAGCCUUGUUCCAACGAAGGCGAAAUUGUUCCAGUGGAAUCCAUCAAGGAUAUGAACUGUUUCAAAUGCAUUUGUAAGAACGGGUUCGUCGAGUGUCAGCCCGAGUACGAGUGCCCGCCUGUCGACAACUGUUAUAUGCAAAUCGUCAAAGCCAAAAAUGAAUGCUGUUAUAAAUGCAAAGGGUGCACUUACGAGGGGGCCCGUUACCUCAGCGACUCCUCCUGGCGAGACAAAAAGGACCCCUGCGUGUCCCUGUCUUGCGAGGCAGGGGUCGUCACUUCUUCGAGGGUCACCUGUUACACGCCCUGCGAGAACCCACGGCCCCCCAAGGAAGGGGAGUGCUGCCCCACUUGUGACGGUUGUGUGAUCAAUGGACAGCAAGUGACGGAGGGCAGAGAUGUGACAACCCCCGAAGACCCUUGUUUGAGGUGCAGCUGCUCUGGAGGACGCCUUACAUGCUCCAAGAAAGCCUGCCCGGUGCUCCAGUGUCCACCUAGAAACCAGAUCAGAACACCCGGAGAAUGCUGCCCCAAGUGCGAGAAGGCGAGACUCCUCAUGGAUAAACAAGCAACUUCUUGUCUCUUCAACACCGCCUACCAUUCCCAUGGAACUUCUUUCGAUGCUGAUCCCUGCAGCAACUGCACUUGUAUCAACGGGACUUCCAUAUGCCAAAGGGUUACUUGUCCAGUUUUGGAGUGCAGACAGGAGGUGCAGGUGCCUGCUAUGAUGUUAGGGGCUCCUGGAAGUGCAGGAGCCACGAAACUAGUCAAAUUUUCUGGAAUGGGAGGAGGUGCUAGCGUUUUGGGAAAGGUGGUUGGUGGAAACACAGGACCCUUAGCAAUGUUACAUGAUGAUGGAUUGAACUCGAUGUGCUGUCCAAGAUGUCCACCAGCUGAGAAAGUUAAAAGAAGUUGUACAUUCCAAGGAAAAACAUACAAGGAUGGUGAUUCGUGGAAACUGGACGCUUGCAAAUCUUGCCAGUGUAGAAGUGGUGAAAUCCGUUGUGCUAUGGAACGUUGUCCGAAGACUCCAAUGGGUGCCAUUCCACAAAACGGAGGAGCUACAUUUCAAGGAGGCGCCAGUGCAUUUGCUAUAUGCCCACCAGGACAGAGACUCAUGAGAAGACCUGGACAAUGUUGUCACCAAUGCGUAGAAAAUGAUGGUGUCUGUACAGUAUUUGGAGACCCUCAUUACAGAACUUUUGAUGGUGCCUUCUUCUCACACAGAGGGUCUUGUAAAUAUCUACUAGCAGCAGACUGCUCCAACAGUACAUCUGGAGGCUUAGGCGCUUUUUCUAUACGAGUCACUAAUGGGGGCACGCGUAGACUUUUGUGGCGCGUCAAGAGACGUAAGGAGAAUAAAAAACCUGAUACUAGAACACGAAGAGACCUUGUGGACACAAUUUUGAUCAACAAUUCUUCUACGGAUGAUUUGAUUCUAACAAAUAGAGAUGAAAAUUUUGGUCUUGAAAGAUUUAAAAGAGAUGAUGUGAAGAAACAAAAAUUGGGAAAGAGUUCUGGAGGUGCAAAAUUGGAUCGUUUGAAUGAAAAUGAUUCUACUACUAAAAGUGGACAGAAAGUCAGGUUGUCUCAUAAAGUGUCAAGAAGGGAUGGAGAUGCUUAUAUCAUGACUGCUUCGGCUUGGACAAGAACUAUAACACUCAGAAUAGGAGAUGAUUUGAAAGUGAAUUUGGGCAGAAGACAGAGAGUCAAGGUAAAUGGGAAACGAGUUGAAUUACCAUUUUUCAUGCCAGAUAGAUUGAGCAUUGAGAAGACUGAAGGCAAUAUUAAAGUGGAUACAAAUAUUGGAAUAUCAUUACUCUGGGACGGCGUAAGCUUUUUAGAAGUUUCUGCUUCGACCGACUACAAAGGAAAGUUGUGCGGACUUUGCGGCAAUUUCAAUUCCAUCGGACGAGAUGAUUUGAUCAGUCGAGGAGAAUCGUCCAUCGAUUCUCAGCCCGCUCAAGAGAUAGACAUCCACAAGUUUGCCGAAUCCUGGCGAGUUGGCGGCAAAAAAGCUUGUUCGUCGAUCCCUCGGUUUCCACAAAAGCCUCAGCAAGGGAAGAAGACUUCUGUGAAUAAGCAGAAGAAAAAUAAACAACAAGGGAAUGGAAAGAAUAAAUCCAAGCAAGAUUUGUCAAAUGAUUACUUUUGGUAUCAGGAUUUCAAAUGUGACAAAAGGAUGAGAAAGCAGGCUAAUUUGCAGUGCAGAUUGUUAAAGGAUAGCGAGUUAUUUGGAGGUUGCGAUAGUCGUUUGAAUCCCCAGAACUUCAUCUCCGCCUGCACUCAAGACGUCUGCGAAUGCCAAGCCCGCCUCGACUCUCACACUCUGGAACUCAGCCGAGUAACCCGAUCCCAUCUGGACAACCCGUCAUCCGACGACAACUUCAGCAUCUCCGACGAAGAAAUCAGCACACCAACAUCACCAUUCACCAUUAACCAGGGUACAAGUGACAGAACAAUAUUGACUGAGUCAAUACUCAAAAACAGUUUCAAACUUCUAACCGACGACAGCUCCACUGUCAGGACUGUCAACAGACGUCUGUUUACCAACGAUGAUGACAUUGUCACCAAACGCGUUACAACCCAUGGCGGUAUAUUUACAAGUGGUGAUAUUUUGAGGGAUUUUAUGAGAUCCGAGGAAGAACAGUGAUGUGAAUGAUUGGCAUGUGGGUAGACAGCAGAGUGACAGGGAUUUUAAGAUGUCCACUGUUAUUGUUGGUUGUCAUUGUGCAGCUUUUAUGGCUUAUGCCAGGUCUUGUGCCAGGUUGGGAGCAGCACCUGCUGUCCAGUGGAAGAACAUCACGGGAUGCGAGAGGAAGGACAGCAGUGUGGUGCAGCAUGAACUACAAAUGGACAGGUGGCACAAAAACCAACAGCGGAGACGCAAACUGCAGCCUUAUGCAACGUUGGUGACACCUAAUGGCCGUACUGCCAAACAUGACAGACGUGUCAUGCAAUCAUCUUAUGAACCCAGAG